AUGCCUGUUGUCCAGUCCCCUAUGCUUGUUGUCCAGCCUUCUAUGGCUACUAUCCAGUUGCCUACGGCUGUUCUCCAGCCUCCUAUGACUGUUUUCCAACCUCCUACGACUGUUAUCCAACCUUCUAUGGCUACUACUCAGCCUCCUAUGGCUGCUGGCCAGCCCCCAAUGACUGCUGCCCCUUCACCUGAAGGGAAUCCUUUACAGUGGAGACCAUGGAAACAAAUGAUGGCACUCUUCGAUUUGAAGACUUCCAACCAGGAUCUCAAAAGUGACUUGAAGGAUCUUUACAAAAAUUUAGCAGUUCAGAUGGAUGUUGCUGGGAAUUGUAAGGCUAUUGUAGUUCAUGUUCCUUACAGAUUGAGGAAAGCUUUCAACAAAAUUAUUGCUACCCGAAGGAUCCUGAGACCUCCAAAGAAGGGUUCUGCUGCCCAGCGACCUCGCAGCAGAACACUAACUGCUGUGCAUGAUGCCAUGCUGGAGGAUAUUGUUUAUCCUUCAGAGAUUAUUGGAAAGCGUGUCAGAUACUGCAUUGAUGGGUCCAAAAUCAUCAAGAUUUUCUUGGAUUCAAAUGCCACCAAGUACAAGAGCGAGACAUUCUCAAGAGUUUACCGCAAGUUUGCGGGGAAAGAUGUUGUGUUUGAGUACCACAUUACCGAGCCUAUACACAGCACAAAAAAACCCUUCCAAAGAAGAAACAGAGAAAAAAAAAACAGAAAUGAGAAAGCCGGCAUCGGGAUCAACAUCGGCAACAGCAGCGGCUGCGGUGGCGACGAUGGCGAUGAUGGCAUCUGCGUCUUGAUCGUCGAGUAA